AUGCUUUUCUCCUUCCCAGCUCUUACAGUGAGUCAUCGUUCUCGAGCCUCCAAGGUGCGGCAGCAUGUCCACUGUGAUUCCUGCUACAGUCGGCGCUGCAGGGCUCGGGUGGAGGUCUCUGUGUGCUGUGCAGUCAUCCCCUGCCGCCUGCACUGUGGAGCUCUCUUCCACCUGUGCAAAGAGGAGGAUCACCUGCUGCUCUGCCCUAACGUGAGGGUGCCUUGCCUCAACGCUGGGUACGGCUGCCCGGUUCACCUUCCCCGCUCCUCGCAGGCUGCCCACCUCCAGGUGUGUCCGGCCAGCGUGGUGUGUUGCUCCAUGGAGUGGAACCGCUGGCCGGCCAACGAUGCCCAUUCUUAUCCAAACACCGAGCUGCAUGAAAACCUGCUCAGAGAAAGAGAGAAGGGAGGAUGUCUGGACCUUGCUAUGGCCCUGAAAGACCAGGACCGCCUGUUUCACUCCAUUAAGAUGAAAAAACUGUUCCCUGAGCUCAUCCAGAGUGUGGAGGAGGAGGAGAAAGAAGAAGAGAGGAGGGAAGAGGAGAGGAGGAGGGAGAAGAAGAAGAAGAAAAAGGCUUCCUUGGAGAAAGAGGCGGCAACAAAGGAAGCCGGUAUAACUCAGGAGGAAAGAGAGGCUAUUGCCAGGGCAUCACUAGUGAAUACUGAUCUGUUAGACAACUACAACGCCUGGGAGCGCAUGUUCAGUAUGGAGAUGGGAGGCUGCAGGGAAGCUGGAGGGGCAGCUGUGGCAGGCAGAGGCCAGGACUUGGCUAAUGGGACAGGUAAAGGCUUGGGCACUCUGACAGAGGAAGACCCAGCGGACACCUGCGUCGGUGCAGCAGCAUCAAACAACUGCAAACAGGCGAGCAGCGCAUGUAUGGCUCUCUCCUCCUCCUCCUCCUCCUGUGGCACCGGCAAACUGAGGAAGAAGAAAUUUGUGUAUGGAUCUGUGGAACCAAUGAAGAUUAUCACUGUGCGUACGUUUAAAAUCCCAACCAGCUUCUCUGCCAGGCAGGGCCGCAUCCGUAACCCUGGUUUCUACAGGAGAGAGAGUCAAGCUGUGGAUACCAGCGACCUGGGGGUGGCACUAGUGGAGAUGCCAGUGUGGGAGGAAAUUCAGGCCUCUCUGCUGUGCUCCCUGGAGAAGGAGCAAAGGGGUCACCUCAUUGCAGAGAGUCAGUGCACAGAUGGUCUGUUACAAGAUGAAGGCACGCAGACCUACAACUUCCUGUCCGCUCCUUUCCGGAGAAACACGUCGCUGGCUGAUCUGACUGCUGGAAAACCUCUGGAGCUGCACCUUCAGCUGCAGGUGGAGAGCGUCACCAGCCGACACCACAAGGCUAGCUCCACCUUCACCUUCCUCUGUGGACACACCUUCCAGCGCAGAGAAUAUGGCAAACAUUAUAAAAAUAUUCACAGCGACAUACAGAUGGGUGUGAAUGGAUGGUUCGAGCAGAGAUGCCCCCUGGCGUACCUGGGCUGCACCUACAGCCAGAGGAGGUUUCAGCCCUCCACGCAUGAAGCCAGCGUCACCUACAAUGAGGAUCUGGGCUGCUUCAGCCUGCAUCCCACCACCCCUGCCUCUCUGGGUGAUGCCUCCCAGCCGUCCAGGAGCUCAGUGGACUCCUCCACCACUCAGAGAAGGAAGGGAGGUCGGGCGGGAGGAGGGGAGGACUCUCUGAGCUCGCUGCCAUAUGAGGUGCUGUGCCACAUGGCCACUUUCCUGGACAGUCUGUCCCUGUCCCAGCUGGCGCUGGUGUCCCGGCUCAUGAGGCAGGUGUGCUCCUCUCUGCUGCAGGAGAGAGGGAUGGUCACCCUCCGCUGGGAGAGGAAGACCUACUCACACGGAGGAGCCAAGUGGAGGGUGAAACACAGGGUUUGGCAGUUCAGCACCUUGUUCUCUCCCGUGGACACUUGGUGUUUCCAAGACGUGCCGUCCAUAUCGGAGCAUCUAAAGGUUUGUCCCUUCUAUGAGAGGGAGUCCAGAACAGAGAAGAUUCACCUGCCACGUAUCAGAGAAGAAGUCCAAACCAACACAAGCUGCAAAGGUCCCACUCUAGUUAGUUUGUUCCAGGGGAAGAGGAUCAUGAUGUAG